AGUUUCGUGCCGGGGCUCUGCGAAAAAAAUGUCAAACCAACGGCGGUAUUUGACACUUUCUACCCGUAAACAAAAACGUUGACGCGGCAAACAGGUAGAAGCGCGGGAUCAACCAAAAACGUUCGCGUUUUGGUUUGAAUCAGUCUAAGGUUGUUUUAGCAGCAAAGUGCAUUACGCUACUCUUGAAUUAAGAUGAUGGAACUAGACGACGGUUUCAACCCAGCUGGUGUCAAGGUGGAGGAAAUGGAGCUCGAUGAGCAGGAUGAUCCCGAGAUGAAGAACUGUGUCUCGUUUGAAGAUACGGUUCUACCUCUAAACUUUGAGUGUAAGGUGGAACCUGAACAACCUGAAUUGAAUUUUGGUUCAAACGAUGAAGACGAGAUAUCCGUAACAGAUUGCCUUCACCAUCCGGACGAGUUUUGCUACGUAUGUGGUGUAUUCAUGUGCCCAGCUAAAUACCGCAAGAAAGCGGCAGGAAGAUGCAUUCCAAUAGCAACUUGUUUGUCUUUCCGCCGGAUGUAUUCGGACUACUUCGGGUUGGACAUCCGUGACCAACACAAGCCCUGGGUUCCGCACUAUGCCUGCAAGCCAUGCUAUACCAGACUGAGAAAUUGGGAGCAAGGAAAAAGCAAAGGAUUGCCUUUUGGAACGCCAAGAAUAUGGUCGAAGCCGUCGAAUCAUUCUGACGAUUGCUACUUUUGUUUGACGGUCGUAACGAAUGGUAGAGGGCCAAACAUCUACCCGGACCUUCCUUCGUCAAGACCGCCAGAUUACUGCAAGGUUGCUCCGGGCAGAAACAGAUCGAUGCACUCAGUUGAGCUUCCGCUGGAAUCCGGAGGUCCCAGCCAUGCAAAUGGCAUCAAACUUGAAGAGAUCGAACAGGAAUGUGUCUCGUUAGAAAACUCAGACACGGUGAAGCAAGAACCUAGCCAAGCUGAACAGGAUUGUGAGAAUUCUCCGAGAGAAGAACCAAAAGUUCAGCGUACUCCAAAGACUGACCCCGAGAAUCCGACAGCGAACUGCAAACAACGUCCCGAUAAGUUUUGUUACAUCUGCGGUUCCUACAUUUUGGCCAAGUUGAAAUAUCCCAUGAAUGCCCCAAAACUAUGGAGAUUGUACGCGGUUUACUUUGAGUUGGACGUUGACCCCCCCGAGCAUCCUUGGGAGCCAAAAUUCAGCUGUGCGAGAUGUUUCAGUCGUUUGAGUGCUUGGAGCAACCAAAAGGGUGAUGGUCUACCGUUCGGAGUGCCAAGAAUAUGGUCGAAACCCUCCGACAAUCACUUGAUGGACUGCUACUUCUGUGUGGUAGCUGUGCACGCUCGUCGUCAAAUGACGUUCGACGUCGACAUUCCUUCCUCGCGAGCACCAGAUUACAGCGUGAAGGCGCCGGGCAGGAUUGAAAACCUUCAAGCCUUCGACGAUUCCAUCGCAAAAGAUGUCCAGCAAGCGUCGAAUGCUUCAAAAGAGGAAGACCCGUUCGCUAACUGCAAGCGACAUCCGGAUGAUUUUUGCUACGUUUGUGGACAUUACAUCCACACCACUAAGAAACAUACCAUGAUCAGCGGUACUAAGUUAGAGGCUGCUUACAAGGAAUACUUUCAACUGGAAUUGGCUCAGCCGCCUCAUCCUUGGGAGCCUAAAUUUGCCUGUAGAAAUUGCUCUAGUUAUUUAUACGGGUGGUACGCAGGUGAAAAAAGGUACUUCCAGUUUGCCGUUCCGCGACGCUGGCAAGAGCCGACCGACCACGCCACUGAUUGCUUCUUCUGUUUGGCGGAAAAUCGCGGAAUGAUACGCGGCGGCUGGAGCUAUCCGGACUUGCCGUCCUCGCGGGCACCGGUGCCGGUCGAUGCGGACCAUCCCAGGCCGGGGCUGAGAGUGGUGGUGAAGCAGGAAAAUUGAAGAAGUUAAACAAGUCGGUUUGUUUGAAAUAAAUAACGAUUGAAAACUCUGUG